AUGUGGAAGCUCACGAGCAUAGCACUGAUCGUGCUGCUAGCGCUGACCGCUCUGGUCAGCGUCGACGCCCACGUUGGCCGUGGAAUGCCAGUGCACCACCACUUGCAACCUCGCCUUGGCCAGACGACCGACCGUACCCUCCCCGUUCAGAUCUAUCGUCGUAACACGCCGCACGACAACGCACGCCAGUCAUCAUACCUUCACGAUUCUGUCCAGGACAACAUUCGUCGAGCCUCGGCAUUGAACAACCACCAACUACCCGCAUUUGACCGACGUCAGAGCUCGACCGACUUUGGCGGGUCCACUUCCGGCGGGUCCAGCGCACAAGCAGCAUCGCAUGGUACCACCGAAGCGCAGUCUGCGUCGCUCACUGACGCUUCGACCGAAUGCACGCCGUACAGCCUGCCCAUCAUAGGCGCAAUCAAGUCACAGUUCCCCGUUGUGUGGACGGUGGCAGACCUCAUGGAAGGGGACACGGAAGCGCUGGAAUUGCUGCAGAGCAUCAACGCCUCGGGUCUCGUUCCUACUGACAUCGAAGCUAGAGGGACGCAGCCCAGCUCGCUGAACGGCACUGCGCUAGCAGGCACCUAUCCGCUCGGCGAGGACCCGGACUGCUGGUGGACGGACAAGAUGUGCACCCAACCCAAACACCCGGGAUUGCUAGCGGACAUCACAUCGUGCGCAGAACCCUACACUUGGGGAUACACAUUCGACGACGGGCCCAACUGCACGCACAAUGCGCUAUACGACCUCUGGGCGGCGAACAAUCAAAAAGCGUCGCUCAUGUACAUCGGAUCCAACGUCCUAGACUGGCCGCUCGAGGCGCAACGCGGAAUCGUCGACGGGCACCACAUCUGCGUUCACACGUGGAGUCAUCGCUACAUGACGGCCCUCACAACCGACCAGGCGUUCGCCGAGCUGUGGUACACAAUGAAGGCAAUCAAGUACGUCAUGGGGGUGACGCCGACCUGCUGGCGCCCACCUUAUGGCGAUGUGGAUGAUAGGAUUCGGGCCAUCGCCCAGGGUCUCGGACUGCGGACGAUCAUGUGGGACACAGACACAAAUGAUUGGAACAUCGAGCCGUACGGACCGAUUCCGACCCCAUCGAUGCAGGCAACGUACAGCAGCAUCAUCGCGAUGGCCACCCAGUCCGCCGCUGCGCAGGGAGGCAUCAUUGUACUGGAACACGAACUCGAGCAGUCGGCCAUGAACAUGUCCAUCGAGCAAUACCCUGCGGUCAAAGCGGCCUGGAAGCACGUCGUGCCUCUAACGGCGUGUCUGAACAUCACAAAGCCGUAUGCGGAGGACAUUGCGUAUCCAGACUUUGCGGACUAUAUCGGCGGUAACGUGAACCCUUCAGGCUUGCCAGAUGGACAGAUGUCGAUCAGCUCGACGGCUGUGGUGAGCGCGCAGACGACGCUCAGCGUGACGGGAUCCACGUCCAGCACGCAGAGUGCGACCUCGAGCGCCAGCUCGUCCGCCAACAGUGCGGCUUCCAGCUCGACGGGGAGCUCCAGCUCCAGCUCCAGCUCGUCCAGCUCGAGCAGCAGCCAGCAGCAGAGCAGCCACUCCAACGGCGCCCCCGUUGCGCUGGGCAUGUUCACAUCCGUCCUCGUGGGCGCCUGCGCCAUGCUGUGCAUCCUGCUCAUCCAGACGUGA